AUGCAGCUUAUAAGUGAUCGGGAAGAUCCAGAACAAAUUAUAACCUAAGGAGCAUAUUCAGUAGAUAUUCCAAUACAAAGAAACCGACCUUCUUCAUAAUAUAUGCUUCAUGGUUCAUAAAACAGAAAAUUAAAAACCUAAGCUACUGUUUCUAUAUUUGGGUAUAUCAGUUUAUUAAUAGAAAGGACUUUCAAUACAUAAGAAGAUAAGACCACAAUAACUCGGGACACUAGAAGUGUGUUUGUUAGAAUAGUAAGGAAAUUGAUCAUCAUCAAAUGUUUUUUUGAUUCUUUAGAAUAAUAUAGAAAAGAAAGAUUGUAACAGAGAAUAGAGUUUUAUUUUUAAAAAAGAACAAAAAUGAUUCCAUUUUAUCCAGAUGAUUGUUUUAUUGUAUUUUGGAUGAAUGUAGUAACUCUUCUGUAAUUUUGCUCUUGUAUAAUUUAUCCGCUCUUUAUUACAUUUGAUGAUUUAGAAAUUGAUUUACAAGGUAUUGUAAUGGUUUUGGAUAUUAUAUUCUUAAUUGAUAUAUUAUUAACAUUUUUGACAGCAUAUAUAGAUGAGGGAUCGUCUUUAAAAAUAUCUACAAUUGACAUAGCGGUACAUUAUUUAAAAACAUGGUUUAUUUUUGAUUUAUUAUCUAUUUUUCCUUGGAUAUAAUUAGGAAUAGAUAAUUUAAGAUUUUUUAGACUGUGCAGAAUAUUCAAAUAUUUUAUAUAUAAAUAAAAGCAUAGCUACAAAGGGUAAGCAGAGUAAUAAAAGGUAGUUCCAUCAUUUACACCAGACAAUAAAAUAUAAUUAAAGGAAGGAAUUAAAUUCAUAAUAGAUGUUAUGGUUACAGCCUUCCUAUUAAUUCACAUAUUUACUUGUGGAUAUCAUUAUUUAUUAGAUAUAAAAUAUUUAGAUGCAUUUUAUUAAUCAACUCAAACAAUAACAACUAUUGGUUAUGGGGAUAAUUCUUAAUUUAUUAUGUUUGAAUAUUAAACUUUAUGGUUGAUUAUAGGAGUUGGAUUUUAUACUUUUACAAUAGGGGAUUUUGCAUAUAUGAUGUAAAGAUCAGGAGUUAAUUAGGAUGAUGAAUAUUAUUUCUAAUUAGAAUAAUUGUGUUAUGUAUCCGAUUUCCCUGAAAAGAUAAAAAAUUAAUUCUAGAGAUUCAUAUCAACUAAUUUAAACAAUAAUGCAUUCUGGUCUAAUUAUCAUAAAAAGAUGGUUAGUGAUUUACCAUACUAAAUAUAAAAUUAUCUGGUUUUAAGUGGCAUGCUUAAAAUAUGCGAAGCAGUGCCUUUUUUCUUGCAAGACAUUAAUUUUGCAAUAGAAUUAUUGAAUAAUGUCUAAUUCUUUAUUAUUGAAGAAAAUGAUUUAAUAUAUAGAGAAGGUUAGAAUUCCAAUGAAAUUUAUUUUUUAUUGUCAGGUGAUGUAAGAAUAAUGACCAAAACUAAAUUUACUUUACUAAAUAUUUUAGAAGGAACAAUGUUUGGUGAAUUUGAAGCCAUUGAAGAAACAUUGAGAGCAACAUAUGCUAUUGCUCUUUAAAAAUCAUUAAUUUUAAAAGUUGAUUAUAUAAUAUUAGAAAAAUCUAUGAAGAUGAGUCCAAAUCUAUAUUUUGAGGUUUAGUAACUAUUUCAUCGUAGACGAAAAUUAUUGUUAAAUAAUCUUAAAGUUGAGAAAUGUAUGUAAUUCUAAGCCAUAUUAGUUAGCCUAAAGAAAGAAGGUUCGAAGAUCGGUUUUAAUUUAACUUAGCCAUGAAUAAUUAUAGUUUAAUAGAUAAGAAAUGAAAAAGUAAAGAGAAAUAAGAGAAUUUAAAAAUAUUAAUGAAUAUAAUUAAAUGGUGCUAUAAUAAUUGAUUAAUAAAAAGAGACAAUAAUAUGAAAAAUUAAUAGCAUGUUUUAAAUCAGUUGUUUUUAGAAUUAUUCAUUUUAACCAAUAAUUGAAUCGUACACCUCCAGAAGAUUGGAAAGAUUUAGAUAAUUACAAUUUAAUAAAGAGAGUAUUUCCAUUACGUUGUUUAUCAGAUAAAUUUUAAGUUUUCUUUAGGAAGUCUUCUUCAGUACAUAGUUAAUCAGUUCAUCGAAGUUCUAUUCGUAGAAGAAUAGAUUAUCAUAAAUAUAAUAAAUAUAAUUGGAGAUUAAGUGAUGUUUAAAUAAAAUAGAUUAUUUUAAUGCAUAAUAAAAGAUCAGCAAAAAUAUAUCCAACCUUAAGCAAUAUUGUAUAAACAUACUAAGUAGGUACAGUGGCAUCAUCUCCUUAGAGGAUUAAUAGAUAUUAUCCUCGAUGGAUUAAAGAUUUAGUUUAAGAAGAUUAUUCAUCUGAAGAAAUGGAAUAAUUUGUCUGGAAAUAUCAUCAAAUUAAUAAAAGAUUAGAUAGGAUUGAUAAGAUAUGGACAAAAGGACUAAUACUUAGAUUUGAUAAAUUUAAACUAAAGAGUUAAAAUGAUUUAGAUCAUUUAGAUACUGAAUCUUCUGAAGAAUAAUGA